UUCAGGAUGGAGAGCACAUCAAGGAUGGAUUGGUUGUUUGGCCGUAAGAUGACUCCUGAGGAGAUGCUCAGGAAGAAUCAGCGAGCAUUAAACAAAGCCAUGCGUGAUUUGGACCGAGAAAGAGCAAAGAUGGAGCAGCAGGAAAAGAAGAUCAUUGCGGAUAUAAAAAAAUAUGCAAAGAUGGGUCAGAUGGAUGCAGUUAAAGUGAUGGCAAAAGAUUUGGUGAGGACACGUCGCUACACUAAGAAGUUCAUCAUGAUGAAGGCUCAGAUUCAAGCAGUUUCACUCAAGAUCACUUCAUUGAAGAGUCAGAACGCCAUGGCAGGAGCUAUGAAGGGGGUUACCAAGGCCAUGAUGAGCAUGAACAAGCAACUGAAGCUUCCACAGAUCCAGCAGAUUAUGCAAGAAUUUGAAAAACAGACAGAGAUUAUGGACAUGAAGGAGGAAAUGAUGAAUGACGUCAUAGAUGAUGCCAUGGGUGAUGAAGACGAUGAAGAGGAAACAGAUGCUGUUGUAUCCCAAGUCCUGGACGAACUAGGCCUUCAGAUGACAGAAGGUCUGAGUGACCUUCCAUCAGCAGCCGGAACCAUUGGCAACAACUCCUGCCACAAGCAGUCUGUUGCAGUAGCAGAUGCAGCUGAUGAUGAUAUACAGGCCAGACUGGACAACCUCAGGGAGAGUAAUGCUUGAGCUCCAGAUGAAUGAGAGAAAUUUAUUAUUUUUGCUAAGUCUUCACUGAAGCUAAAAAAAAAGUAUGGUAAUUAGUCAGGCUAAUCCUAUGAAUUAUAGUGUUUGUUGUUAGUUUCUUAGAGAAUUUUAUGUUUAAGCCUUCAGUGAAUCCCAGUAAUAUAAACUUCAUUUUAGUUGUGUAAGAAAGGAAUCCAAA